AUGCUGCUUUUUCAAUCCUCUGGGAGACUGAGACUUACAGUUCUAAUUGCCAUCAUUGUGCCGUUGUUUUGUUGCGCCGCGAUAGCGCCAUCCGAAGUGCGAAGGUUCAUGUUCCGAGCCGCGCUGAUAUCGUUUCUCUCUACCGAGCCAGAGUCCCUGAAGUAAGUGGCGAUAGCAGAGCGACCGGCCACAGGCAGGAAAAUGCUACACACACAGGCUGUUCGCGGUUUCAGACCACGAACGACCGGUGUUCCACGACGACAUUCAUAUUUGGGGCCACAACCCAAAAAAAAAAAGGAUCAAUAAUAAUCCCCUCCGUCCAAACGCGCCCUUAGCUUAUUGGCUAAGUCAGAGCGACCAAUGUCUAGGGCCCUCCUUCUCAAUGCCGUCUCUAUCCCCCGGAACGCGAUCAUGAUCACCAACACUGCUACUGCUACUGCUGCUGCUACUGUUGUUGCUGCU